UAUGUUUAAACAUGUUUAUUUAGUUCAUUGAAAUACACAAAUUAUCGCACAAUGUACAAAACAAAUAUAAUGUAAAGCGUCUGAAAUUAUCGGAAAUACAAGGAUGUUUAAUGAUUAUAUGAGUUCAUCUCUAUGAUGAAAAACGACCAAAGGGAUGGAUAAUGCAGUUGGAAUCAGCGAAUGCCCUCGUUCUGCAAUUGGUAAUAGACCACACGAGACAUCGAGUAACAGUUCACAUGAUGCAAACAAAAACAGCAGCAAUAGUUAACGUUUGACGCAGGGAUAUAGUGCGUUUCCGAAUGACGCAGAACGGUGGCGUUCGGUGCGGGUGAUCUACCUGACGAUGUUUUUGACGUCCGUGUCCUGGUCAUUCAGUCUCUCGUCACUCUUCCCGUAUUUACAAGUGCUGCAGCCAGACACAACUUUUAGCUUCCUCGGCUGGGUGGCGGCGGGAUUCAGCAUUGGUAAACUGAUCGCUUCACCGCUAGUCGGUGUUUGGGCCAAUUUCCGGAGGACGCGCGAGCCGCUCCUGGGCACGCUCAUAUUACUUUUUGGUGCAAACAUCCUGUACAUGUAUCUCCAGAGUAUUCCAUGGCAUCCAGAAAUAUUUCUAUUGGUGGUAAGAAUAUUGAUGGGUGUUAGCGAUGGUGAGUCAUAAUUUCUUAUAUCUAUAUAAUAAUAUUUGUCCUACGCAGACACAACGAAGAAAUAUUCGAUCAAUAGUUCAAGACGAAUGUUGAUGCAAGCCGCGGAUAAAUGGGUUGUAUUGAAUAAAACUAUAUAUUUAUUGUUGUUUACAUGAGGGUACUCACGAGUUAAUAACUUAGAUAAAGUUGUUGCCAAUUAUUUACAUAGUAACAAUGACUUUAAUAUCAGGUAUGACUUAUAAAAAUAAAAACCACUAUUCAUGACCAACCUUACUAAUAACAAUACAACACUCAAAGGAACUAUACCUUAAAUGUAUAUACAACGUUCAAACGUUAUUAUAUGAUGUUGACACAAAUAUCCAAAGUCGACUUACUUGUGCGGACUUAAAAAAUCCCAAUUUGGAAAUGGCAUCCCAAAUGGUAUGUAAGCCCGUUUAUGUCAGUACGGGGAUUAUAUACAAUGGGGAUUGUUCCUUUAAAGAAAAAAAAUAAAAUGGUAUGAUUGCUUGUUAUGUAUUUGUGUUAAAGGUGGUCAUAGGAACAACUUUAAAAACAUUUGAACAUUUUAUUGUUUGGAUAUUUUUUCCGAUGGUCAUUUUUAUUUUUCCCAGUUCAGAUAUGGGGGUUUUCAAAGCUCAAAAAGAAUGAUUGAAUGCCUUAUAAAAGUUUUUUGAAGUAAUUAACAACAGAAUGAACUUAAAUGUAGGACAUACACUGAAAUAACAAACAAAUAUCUGCAUAUUCAUUUAGGAAAUCCCAACGGGAACAUAUGAAUAAUUCCAACAGGCUUAUCAGCUAAUGACUGAAGUACAAUUGAAAUUUCUUCUUUCAAAUAAACGAAAUGUGAAAGCUAAAAUCAAUGAUAUAUAUCCUUUUGUUCCAUGUGACAAACAUUGAAUCCUACCGUAAUUGUAAUGCAAACUGUAUCCAAAAGUUCAUGUUUCAUAUUUAGGGUAAAAUGUACAACAUUUUAACACUUCUUUUAUCACAAGAUAAUACAAGAUGGCAAAAUAUUAGCAUUUGCUGCCAUAUUACAGAAUAAUUGUUCAUAUAACAAACACAAUAUUUGUACUGCUAAAAUACUACAUAUUAUUCAUUUACUCACAAUGGUGUAAAACCAGAAUGAAAUGUGUUGCAUUGGCCCAUCACAGUGCUUGUGGUAAAAUGUAAGAACAUAUACGUUAAUUUCAAUGCUUACAUACCUGGUAAGUUUCAGCAUGUUGACAUUAAAAUCCAUCAGAUUUUAAUUCAUAAUUAAUUAUAUAAAUUAUGGCAUAUGUUCUAUUAUUUGAUUCAUUCAUUCAUAUAAAUCAACUUACAAUAACUGUUACCUCCAACAAUGUGCAUGGUAACGUAAAAUCCAUGAUUUUGAUAAUUGCAUUUUUGUCAAGGAUGGUCCUUUGGAGGCUGAAGUCAAGCUUAUUAAUAAUUAAAAAACCUACAGGGCUAUAAUUUAGUCCGUUCAAUCUUCUAGCAACUCAAUUAUGACUACAUUAAUGUUCAUUUAGAGCCAAACAUACCCAUGCAAGCCCAUUUAGAGACAAAACAAUUCCAGCUACGAACAUCGUAUAUGGGAUUUUGCUAAACGUACCCGGCCCGUGGGUACCCGGGUUCCCGUAUAUGCUCUAGACGAAGCCAUUUGGCUAAGCAUUAGAUCGACAUCGCUUCAUCCGGUAGAUCAAUGACUCUAUUGCCAUAUGUUUGUCAUACCUUUGGGAUUCGAUGAAACAACAUUCAAGUUUUUUAACCCUUCUUUGCAUACCAUCCAAUCAACAUGCAAAUACAGUUCUUGUUCCAGUCAUAUUUGAAGAAGUAUCAUUUAUUAAAUAUAUUUGAGUACGACCUUGGUAUCAUUAACAUUGUCAUAUACAAUAUGUUUUGGUGCCGAUGUAAAGUGAAUAAAUGUGUGUUUAUAAUUAUGCUUGUGUCCGUAGUUUUUUCGUCACCUACAACCCUGGGGUGUGGCAAUGCCAUUAUUAUUGCAUUCGAAUUAUGUUCGAUAAUUAAUUCGAAACCAGUCUCGCAGACACCUGUUUUAUUCAACUACUUAAUUAUAAACUUGUCUUUCUCUACAGGAAACAACGGUGUUCUAUACGCUUUCGUUUCAUCAGCGACUACACUGAAAGAACGUACGUCAGCGAUGGCCCAUUUGACAGCUUCCCUCUCCACUGGAUUCAUAAUAGGGCCUUUGAUACAGGCAGCCCUGGUACCUAUCGGUCAUCCCGGCCCAGUGAACGCCGCUUGGUUCCAUCUCGACAUAUAUACGGCCGCCGCUCUGCUCGGAGCACUCACUUCCGCUGUCAAUAUUUUUCUUCUCAAGUACGCCUUCACUGAAGCUUCCGUUCCGGACGAACCUGAAGACAAUUCCGACCAAGAAACUCAACCUUCACCGCCAGACUAUUUGGCAUUGGUCGCUAUGGUGAUGCUGUAUUGUUUCAUUCUGGUUAUGUUUGCUUCCAUUGAAACUGUAUCUACACCACUUUGCAUGCACAUGUUUGGCUGGAACCGGGCAGACGCCAGCCUCUAUGUCGGCAUCACCUUUGGAGUCGCUGGAGUCGUCUCCAUAGCAGCAUUUGUCGUCAUUAAAUUUAUUGCUGAGUGGUUUGAUGACAGGAAGCUGCUGAUUACUGGGUUUGUAUUCCAGUUUAUUUCCGUAUUUUGUUUGUUACCAUGGAACAAGGAAGGGCCAAACAUCGACUUGGAAUUCGUAAAUGCUAGUUCAACAACUGAAUCAAUCGGUUGUCCGGGCGAGUACGACUGGUGCCACGUGACUCCAGGUUUAAACAUAUGGCAGUUUUUUCUCAGUGUUUUUUUUAUUUCUAUCGGCUUCCCAACAUGCAAUGUCAUGACGUGUAUUAUCUUCUCCAAGAUGCUUGGUCCAGGCAAACAGGGCACAUGGAUGGUUUUUUUGACCAGCUCCGGUGCUCUGGGCAAGCUAAUAGGUCCAGUGUUUGUUGGACAUAUGUACCAAGAGUUUGGCCCUAGGAUCACGUUUCCCUCUCUUAUGGGGUUUAUAUUCCUUACUGUUGUUGGAGUCAUAAUCAUAUACCGCAGGAUGGUACCGUACAAACGCAUACGUGAACUUAAGUCCUAUAGUUUGAGCUUUGAAAACCGAGAGAGUUAUGAUUUGCAUACAAUUGAAGAUAUAGAGAAAUAUUGACUUGUAUACAAUUGGAAUUGGAGAGAAUUAUUGAUUGGUAUACAAUUGAAGAUAUAGCAAAAUAUUGAUUUGUAUACAAUUGAAAGUGUCAUAUAAACAGCAUAAUUAAAUUAACCUUUUGUUAAGAAGAUAUCAAACAUGUAUAGAAUGUAAUAUUGAAUGUUAUCUAUGUAUUCACAAUAUUAUA